AUGAACCCAUGCAACAUUCAAUCCAACCGAUUGGAAGACAGUAGAAGCAUUAGCAGAAGAAACCCUUACGUGGUACCAAUUUUAAAUUAUGAGAAAGAAUAUAUCUGCACGGGAGCUGUAAUUGAUAAAAGGACCGUUCUAAGUUCAGGUGCUUGUAUCACUCCUGAGCCACAUUAUGUUGCACUAGCAGCCGCCGUACUACACCCUCGGGCCAAUAAGACUAGACUCCUCAAAGUUGCUUUUUCUAAACUACACGAUGACUACAAAUUUGAUUUCUUUGAAAAUGAUUAUAAUAUAUCCGCCAUGCAUAGCAACAUCGGUCUCAUCUUCACCGUACUUCCUAUUCUAGAAUAUUUUUUCGAGGGUGCAAUUCUAUCGAAUUACUAUGCAACGGAAUUAAUGGAGAAGCACCUUUUUAUGGUGGGAUAUGGUAAGAUAGCGACUUCUGAAGGUGUUGUGUUACAGCAGCAGUCGUUUCAUCAAAUGGCCUGUAUGAAUCCCAAGUGGUAUUACUGCAUAUGUGGAAUUGAGUAUUGGCCGACUACUUAUGUGGGUUCUUUCGGAGAAGGCGGCCCAGUUUUAUAUGGAAAUGAAAUUGUAGGUAUAGCAGCGACUCCUUCUGGAACUUUAACUUUUAGACCAAACAUCAACUACAAUAUAUUUACAGUUGUUGGCCCUUAUGUUGCAUGGAUUCAAAAAUCUAAAUUCAACUCUAUUGUUCAAUUUAUAUCAAACACUCCUAAAAAUCGUGGUAUACAUAAUACACUAAGCGGUUCAAUAGUCUUUUUGAGAAAUAUGAGUCAACAAGCAAAAUAUCAACCCUUAAAAAGGGUGGGGUUGAUCGGUGUUCCAUUUGAGAAAGGCCAAAAAAAGUAUGGAGUUAGUGUCGCACCUGCCGCUCUAAGAUCAGCUGGCUUGAUUGAACGCUUAAAGGAGAUCGAUGGUUUAGAUGUAAAAGACUAUGGUGACAUUGAGGUCCCGUCGUCCGAAAGGCCUGUAGAUGUGGACAAUAUGGCUCACCUUCCGCUGGUAUCAGCUUGCAACAAAAACCUAUCAGACAAAGUAGCACAAGUUCUAAAAGACGGUAGAGUUGCUGUUACAAUAGGUGGAGAUCAUUCUAUUGGAGUUGGAACGGUUGACGGACAUUAUAAAGUAAACGAGAACAUGAUCCUUAUUUGGGUAGACGCUCAUGCUGACAUCAACACUAACAAGACUUCCGAAUCAGGUUCCGUGCAUGGCAUGCCAGUAGCUCUACUUGUUAAAGAAUUAUCUGACUACUGGCCUUAUUUACCAACUAUGGACUGGCAAGUCCCAAAAUUUUCGAUAAAGAAUCUCGGAUACAUUGGCCUUAGAUCAGUAGACAAGUACGAAAGGCUGGCAAUAGAAAAAUACGACGUGCCUGCGUUCGCAAUGGAAGACAUAGAGGAUUACGGAAUUCAUAAAUCUAUAGAACACGUUCUGCAGAGGCUAGACCCCGAAGGAAAUAAACCGAUCCACGUCAGUUUCGACAUCGAUUCAUUGGAUUCUUUAGAGGCUCCCAGUACGGGCACCCCUGUUCGAGGAGGCCUUACACUUCGGGAAGCUAUCAAAUUGAUGGAGAUUAUUCACGCCACUGGCCGGCUCCGUGCGUUUGAUCUUGUUGAGAUUAACCCAGCUCUCGGAAAUGACUCCGAUAGGAAGAGAACUAUUGAAGCCGGCAUGAGCGUUAUGAUGGCAGCGUUAGGGUUCUCGAGACGUGGCAUGACACCUCGUGGGGUUUCAGAUUUACCCGUGCAAACGUAUCAUAAAGAUAAAUGA